GUGAAAGCUAAAGAAUAAAAAAAAGCAAGAGAAAGCAGUCUUAAAGACAGAGUAAGUCCCCCGUCCCAAUCCCUCGCUGCAGAGGCCUCAUCCGCCCAGCCAGGGCCAUGUUGUCCACAUUCGACGCCAUCGCGGACCUAGAGCCGCGGCCUUUGAAAAGCGGCAACUUAAGGGGCAAAUACAGUGCCCGCAGGAAGAGAGAGUUCAUGCCCGAGGAGAAAAAGGACGCCUCUUACUGGGAAAAGCGGCGGAAAAACAACGAGGCGGCCAAACGAUCGCGCGAGAAGCGACGCUUCAAUGACCUUGUGCUGGAAAGCAAAAUGCUGGCCCUCAACGAGGAGAACGCCUGCCUCCGGGCCGAGCUACUCACCUUGAAGAUGAGGUACGGCCUCAUCAGCUCCGCAGCCUACGCCCAGGAAGCCCAGAUCCUGCAAGGCUGCAUGCAGAAAUACUUCGCAAGGCACAGAGCGAUAGAGAUGGACUCUCACUUUCUGGAAUUGGACAGCCCAUUUCUGAGGGAUAGCUGUUGCCAUAGUCACACAACAUAUACCUCAGAAAAUGUGUCUGUCAAUCCUGUUGAUUCCAGUUCACAACUUACAGGAAUUAGCCCACUUCAUAUGAAGUGCAGUAGCCCUGCUUCGGUUAGAGUGCAGGAGCAAAACUCUGUAGAUCUUUCUACGGAUGAGUCCAUAGUACAUAAUUCGUCUUUGAAUCAAUUAAUAUAUUCCAGAUACUCUCAUACAUUCAAUGAAGCAUAUCCCUAUCACAGACCUUCAAAUACUUCCUCAAAUGCAACAGAGGCAGACCCUAAAAACAGUAAAAGAGAGUCAGAAGAUGAUGCGGAAGACGAGCAACAGGUACCUAAAAUGCAUCAUUUUUCUCCUGUCGGUAGUUGCAGAUAUAAAUGCUCUACAACGCCCAAAGCAAAUAGUUCUGCCCUUCCUCACAAACUGAGAAUUAAGGCAAAAUCAAUGAUUGCAAAAGAAGAAAAGGAUGAUGCAGAAUUUGAUCUUGAGAUGCCAUGGAAGGAUGAACCCCGCCUCGCAAAGGCUAGAAGUGCCUCAUUGACAGAGAUUAGGGACAUAGAUGUGCGUUUCUGUGGAGGAGUUAUGGCCAAGUCAAGAUGAGAAAAGACCUUCAUACAAAUCAAGUUCACUCAGCUUGUCAUCUAACUGCUAUUUGAAGCCACUUUUUUUUGAAUUGCAUCAGUUUUGUAUUGAGUGUUCUUAAAAAAAAAAUUAUUGAACGAUAUUGAAGUUUUUUUAAAGAUAAGUUUUCUCUUUGCCUUCAAGUAAUAUAAAUAUUGACCCCUAAGGCGCAGAAUCUUUUGAAUUAAUGUUGUAUUCUUUAUGUGGCAAUUACUUGCUCUUGAACAUGAACAACUUUGGAAAGAUGUAUUGCUGAGAGUCUGAGUUGCUGCAGCAAAGUGCAUUCUUAAUUACAAACAAAAACAGAAGUUGCUGGAAAAGCUCAGCCAGCCUGGCAGCAUCUGUGCAGAGAAAUCAAAGUUAA